GGACUAUCCGUGUGUGUACGCCUACGGCCUACAGGAUACAGGAGCUAUCCCUCUAGUAAUACUUUCCACAGGACAGAGGGAGAGAGGGCGCGCGUAUGUAUGCCGUGUCCUCGUGAAGAUAAGAGAGAACCAGAGAAGGGGGGAGGGGCCGGCCGAGUGCUGCAUGCUCGGCCAGCCUGAGCUUGUGGUGAAGCCUGAAGAAGUGAAGUGGCUGCGGGUGGGGUCUGUGGCUGAAAAAUUCCUCUGCGCGGUCGACCACGGGAUCUCAUCUUUCGAUCGCUCGCUGCGCCCAUUGGGGGAUCGAGACUUCUUGUGGGGGCACCACACCGGGCACGCAGGCUGGCAGCUUUCACUGACGCGCCCGCCCGGCUCCCUCCUUCCUUCUUCUCCCUCCUGCUCUGCCGCUGCCGUCGUUUGCAGCUCUGCUCCCGCGUUAAAAGCAGGCAGCCACAGCCUACGCCGCAGUCUACCAUGGCUGCUGGCUGGCUGGCUGGGGGGCUGGAUCCAUGGAUCCGCGGCGCAGGGUUUGAUUGCUUCUUCUUAUGGGGGCGACGCGAUCGAUGGCUUUUCCCUGCACCUGCGGGCGGUGCGAUAUGAUACGCUGGGUCUUUUUCUUUCCUUUCCUGCUGCUGCGGCCAGGGCCUAGGGCUAGGCCUCCAUCGAUGGCGCUAGCAUCUAGCCUAAUUACUCCGCUGCUCGUAGCAAGCCUGCGUUGUGUACGAGCGAGCACACAAGGGCACAAGGUCAGCAUAAUGCGGAUCUGGCGCGAUCACGUGAUACAGGAAUCCUGAACUCGUAGACACAAAGUCUAAAAUAAACCUGAACGUGUAGUCCUUCAAAUUGGCACUCUCAACUUACUAAUCCUGGUCUAAGACAAACUCUCAAAACCUUUUAGUGAAAAAAAGCUGACAUGAGAGUAGUCAACCGGGAUUGACCUGACUUGUGGGCCAGCGAGUGGUUUAUCCUUGACUUAACUAGUGUGUUCGUGUUCGUUUGAAUGAUUGGAGAUUUUGGGCGCAGAGAAACUAAGGUUAGCGACGGAAGGGGCGACGGGGCACAGAGUACGGCGGAGGCAGGGAGACGGGGCGCAAAGCACGGCGGCGAUGGCGCGAUGUCGUGGCCUUCCGGGGCUUCUUCCGCCCCCGGUUUCCAUCGCGCGAGUGGAAGGAGGGGCACGGAUUCAAGGUCUCCUGUCGCUUACAGGAAGAACCCAAUGACGUACGAGCCGUUGAAGGUGUGUCACUGCAGACAGCCGCGGAAGGCACCGAGAUGGAUCUCGUGGAGCCGUCAAAAUCUCGGCAGGAGGUACUACUCCUGCGUAGAUGCAAUGCAUGGUGGAUGUGGUAAUGUGGAAUGGCAUGAUGAUCCUUUGCCCAAGUAUUAUGGUGACCUGAUUGGAGAUUUGAGAGACGAGGUGUGGAGGCCAAAGGGUCAAAGAUUUGUGGCUCGUACUGAAGAUGAGUGUCUAAAUGUGCCUAUACCUGGACAUGAAGCAUCAAUGGUUAUGGCUCUUCAGCUUCGGUUAAAGGAAAGGAAUGCAGAACUUGAAGUAAUGAACGGGAAAUAUAUGAAUGUGGUGAUGGUUUUCAUUGUCUUUGUGGUAGGUGUAGUUGUUGGGAAAAUGCUAGUGUAGUGAAUGUCAGUUUGGCAAGUGAAUGUUAGUUUGGCAAGUGAAGUUAGUAUGUACUGUAAAGAAAAUCAAGCUUAAUAAUUCUGUCAUUUUGACUUACGAAA